AAUAACAACAGCUUUGGUGCCGGGAUCGCGUCAUCUUGGUGGAAUGUUUUGAACGAAACGGGGCAGGAAGCAAUUAGCACCAACGCCCGCCCCUGUCAGCGAAGUGAAACAGUAGUUGGACACUGUCCGGACGAUAUCCCAGCAAGAGAGUGAUUCUGCCACGAUAUGGGUUGCUUCGAGAGCAAGCCCGACCAGCAAGUGCAGCCGGUGACGGUGCGAUCGCCCACCGACAUCUUUUGGCUUGUUCUGUACGUUGUCUUUUGGAUUGCAUUGAUCGUCAUUGCAGUGUUUUCCUUCAUCUACGGCAAUCCGCUACGCAUCAUCAAUGGGUACGAUUCGUUCGGCAACACGUGCGGUGUGCGCAGCAACGACAAGUUCUCCAACUUUCCCCUGUCCGGCAUGAACACGGAAGACAAACCGUACCUGUUCUUCCUCGACAUCAAGGAGCUGCGCCACACGCUCAAGAUCUGCGUGAAGGAAUGUCCCCAGCGCGAGCUGCUGAACGCGGCCGAACUGUACCGCUACUACGAGGACCGCAAGACGAAGCUCUGCCGGUACGACUUUAACAUGAGCAUGCUGCAAACGCAGGAAGCGAACCAGGGGACCAAGUACUUCGACUUCAAUGGGCCGUGCCCACCGUUCCCGGUGUACCAGUCGGCGCCGGUACUGCACCGCUGCAUCCCGACCGGCGUGAACGCGCCGCUGCAGCAGGUAAAGAAGAUGUACGCACUGAUCAACUCCUGGGAGGCGACGCAGCAGGUGUUUAGCGAUCUGUACAAGGCGUGGCCCACGAUCGUGCUGAUCUGUGCGCUGAGCCUGGUGUUCUCGAUCGUGAUGAUUGCGCUGCUGCACUGGCUCGCGACGAUCGUGUCGUGGCUGAUCUGCAUCAUCGUGGUGGUGGCCAGCGUCGGCAUUACGGGCGUGCUGUGGUGGAGCUACUACAAGGCCAAGCAUACGCUCGACACCGACCAGCAGCUGUCCUACCUGGAGGAGCUGGUGCGGAACGAGGCCACGAUCUACGUGCUCGCGAUCGCUGCCACCUGCAUCAUGAUCAUACUGCUCGUGGUCAUCUACUAUCUGCGCGAGAAGCUGACCGGCCUGGCGGCCCUGUUCGAGGAGGCGGGCAAGUGUAUGCUGCAGCUGCCGGGGCUGGCCGGACCGCCGCUGCUCGCCUUCCUCGCACUGUCGGUCUUUCUGGCCUUCUGGGUGGUGGUGGUCGUUUGCUUGGCCACCGCCAACUAUCCCGGCGUGAAGCCGUUGCUUCCGUUGGCCCAGCUAGAGGACAGUGCUUCGAUUGCGAACGAUCCAAAGCUGAAGCCGGAGCUGGCGGGGAAGAAUGAUACCAGCUUCAAGUCUUUCAAAUUGGUGGAAUAUCACGACGUGAACGUGCUGCGACACAUGCUGUGGAUCUACAUCAUUGGGCUGAUCUGGACGAGUGAGUUUAUCUUCGCCUGCCAGCAACUAGCCAUUGCCGGUGCCGUCGCUUUCUGGUACUUCCGCAAGCCCACCGAUUCGCCCGUCCUGCUCGCGAUUGCCAAGCUCGUUAAGUACCAUCUUGGGUCCGUUGCGAAGGGUUCGCUCAUUAUUACGAUCUUCAAAAUCCCCCGCCUCAUCCUUACCUACCUAUACGCGAAAUUGAAGCGCCACCAGCAGGAAGGAUCGGAAUGUGCUAGCUGCUGUUUGCGGUGCUGCAUCUGUAGCUUCUGGCUGCUGGAGAAGUUCAUUCGCUACCUCAACCACAACGCGUACACCGUGAUCGCGAUCGAGGGUGUUAACUUCUGUCCCGCUGCAAAGAUUGCUUGGAAUGCACUCGUCACGAACGCACUGCAGGUCGCCACCAUCAAUGGUAUUGGUGAUUUUGUCCUAUUCCUUGGCAAGCUGGCGGUGGCAUCGAUCUGUGGGCUGAUUAGCAUCCUGCUGCUGCGCGACAAUCCCGAUCUGCACUUCUACAUGGCGCCGGUGAUCAUUAUAACCGUGUUUGCGUUCUUCAUCGCUCACAUUAUACUGUCGCUUUACGAGAUGGUGGUUGACACGCUGUUCCUGUGCGUGUGCGAGGAUCGCACCAUCAACGGUAACAGCGGCCGCUGGAAGGAAAGCAAUCUGGCACGGCUGCUGGGCGAAGCGCCGGAAGAGGACGCAGUUGAGGCACCGAUGCAGGAGGUGCAGCUUACCCCGAUCACGAAACAACCUUUCUCCGCCCAAUUCCUGCAGGCGGAGAUGGAAAACAGUAAGGCUUAAGGAUCACUCAUCACAAAGUAAACCACCGCGACAAAGGUUUGCGCAAGUGCAUGAAGCAAGUAGAGAGUAAGGUUUUUCAUUAUUUUUUUUUUUUUAAUAUUAACUAUAAAGUGUAUUUAAAAAGUUAAGGGUAAAACUUCCCUUUUACAUCUUCCGCUACAUCGAUAUUUAACUAAAUUGGCGUGCCGGCCAUUAAGGCUAUUUGUAUUUGUAUCUCACAAUCACCCGCGGGUGGAAAGGAGAAGUUUUGAACGCCCCAACGAUAAAUCUCAUCCACUUAAAUAGCAUAAUUAUUUCGGCCAUGCACAUCCGGUUAAUUGCUCACGUUCGGUCGUCGUAACCAUUUACUUAAAUUACUAUCUUAACCGUCGUUGUAAUAAUUUCGCCAAACGGAAACAACCCGAUCACCGAUCCGGAAUGGAGUGGAAACAAAGCAUUUACACUACUGACUAUCACGAUCACUGAUGCACGAUUCUAGCGCUCAAAUACAAAGAACAAAGAAACGAAACAAAACAAAUAAUGCAACAAUUUACUCAAUAAUAAUAUGUUCUUCUUUGAAAAGAUGUACGGCGUGCUUCCGAUAUUAAGUGUGGCGCAAUGGAAAAAAAAUGCACAAGACAUGAACGCUGCCGCCGGGGCAUUUGAAACUGUUUGAAGAUGUUGCGAAUGUAUAUUUACAAAGUUGUGCUUAUUGCAUACGAUAAAUAUAUAACGCCUGUUGAAUGUUUUUUUUUUUCUCAUAUACAAUAGAAGUUUUGUAAGGGCCGUUUUUCUCUUGGCGCCGUCCUUUGUAACAAUGAGCGUACCACAACGUCAAGGCAGAAAGCAGAAGGUAGCAGAAAGCAGCAGGAGCAGAAAGGUAGAGGACAAAUAGGAAGCGAGGGAUUAUGCGAGAAUUUCUACUCAAAAUAUUUGCUACAAUUUGUGCUAUUUAACUAUUGAACUACAAAUAAAGUUGCGCACCAGCCGAAUAAUGUGAAACGAAA